UGGGCUUCUGCUAGCCUUCCAUACUCUGAGCUUGAGGUUCUUGGUGUUUUAGUGUUUGUGUCGGCCCUUUUUUGUUUCCUCUUUUUUGUUCUCUUUCCCCAGGCCUUUUAACUUUUAAGACCCAUGUAAGUUGUUAGACCUUCAUAUUAUUCUUUUACCUUAAGAAAUGCUUCUCUUAUCCUUUCUCCACUUCUAACCCUAUUUAUUUGCUCUUUGGAAUAGAAAUUCUCUCAAGGACGUCUCUGUGCUCCAAAUCGCAAUUCCUCUUUUUCUAUUCUCUUGAGAUCAUUCCAACAUGGCUAUUGCUCUCCUUCUCUCCCGAAAUUCUCCUGUUAGUGUUGCCAGUGUGGAUCAUUCUCCAUUAUUAACGUGUUUGACCUAUCAGUAACCCUUGCACCAGUUGAUUACUACUCCCUUCUCCAUGAUGUAUUUUCCUCCCGUGAUUUCCAGGACACCACACUCUUGGUUUUCCUUUUAUUUCAUUGGUUGGACCUUCUCAGUCUUCUUUAUGUUCUUCCUGAUCGCUUAUUGUUGAAGUGUUCUAGGGCUUAAUAUUUGGUUUUCUGAUUUUCCUCUUUCUACACUUCAUUUUGAUGAUAACGGUGAACAGAAUGGAGAGAAAAAUAAGCAGAAUCUGUCUUGCUUCUGAACCUGGUAUAAUUCAUUUCCUACAAAUUGCUUGGGAGAAAACACUAGGAUCUGGUUUUGUUAUUACACUUACUGAUGGCCAGUCAGCAUGGACGGGGACAGUUGGUGAAUCAGAGAUUUCCAGAGAAGCCAGUGACAUGACAAUGGAAAAAGAACAAUAUGUUGAUGAACUAAGAAAAGGAUUGGUGUCAGGAGUAGGACCAGCUGGUGCAUACAAGUUUAAUUUUUCUAAAGAGUCUUGUCAUUUCUUCUUUGAGAAAAACCUGAAAGAUAUUUCAUUCAGACUUGGUUCCUUCAAUCUAGAGGAAGUUGCAAACCCAGCUGAGGUCAUUAGAGAACUUAUUUGUGACUGCCUGGACAUCAUUGCAAUAAACCAAGCCAAAAAUGAGCACCUGCAGAAAGAAAAUGAAAGGCUUCUGAGAGAAUGGAAUGAUGUCCAAGGACGGUUUGAAAAAUGUGUGAGUGCUAAGGAAGCUGUGGAAAGUGAUCUUUAUAAUCGGUUUAUUCUGGUGCUGAAUGAGAAGAAAGCAAAGAUCAGAAGCUUAAAUAAAUUGUUAAAUGAAGUUCAAGAACGAGAAAAAAACAUCGAGCAAGAAAGGGAAACAACAUGUUCUGAAAUGUCUGCUGACAGAGAUGCAAUCUACAAUGAAAGUACAGAUGAGGAAAGUGGAAACGUGCCUGCUCCCUCUGCGUUAGCUCCAGCUUCUUUGAGGAGAGAUGAGUCCAUUGUUUCAAGUCCUGAUGUCACUGAUACUGCACCAAGUAGGGAGAGGAGACAGCAGAUGCAAAAAUAUCCUGGGACAGAACCUAAAAUGGCUUCUCAGGAACAUGAGCUUCUAGAAAUGAAAAAGACUGAUCCUCCAGUACCUGAGAUGUUGGGAAAAGAGCACAGCUCAGCUGAAAACAUGUCUUUAGAAACUCUAAGAAACAGUAGUCCAGAAGACCUCUUUGAUGAGAUUUAACUGUCUUAAAAGAGCUCUGAUGUUCACCAGACUAUGUUUUCUGUUCAUUAAACUGUAAAAGCAAAA